AUGUGUGCAGGAGAGACUCCAUGUGAGCUACUAAGUUUCAGUUUCAUCAAUGCAGCAGAUUCUGACGCUGUAUCUACGGAAUGGGAAGUUGAGAGUGAUGAUGAAAGUGAGGAAGAAUCUGAAUGUGGGUUAACAACUUUGGUUGACAUGCCUCUUAACAGUUUUCCAUCUACAGUUUCUAAAGAGACUUUUGAACUCAAGAUCAUGGCUGCAGCAAAGAGGAUCUAUGUUGAUGUUGGGUAUACUAUAAUGUCUAAGCUUUGUUUGGGAUGCAUGGGGUGGCAGAACAGUACUUCUUCUGAUGGUGCUGUCUGUUUCAGGAUUCAGCCUUGGUUCCUUCGAGUUGGGGAACUGACUGUGUUCGCAUGGUUGGCUGCUGGAGGCGCCUCUUUGUGUGAAGAAAGAUUUUAUUUUAUAUUGCUUUGCUUAGUUUGUUUUGGUAUAUGGCCUACCUGUGAGGGCUGUGCACGGGGGUACAAAACAGAUUGGUUACUCUUGGCUUUUUGUUACCUAGUUGUAUGGGUGUGUUCAUGUUCCUCAUCUAAUCUUCAUGCGGCCUAUGAACACAUUUUUUGGGUUAUUUUCUACUAUGAUUGAGUUCCUUAGUUUAAUUUUAUUUUUUCUUUCUUUCUA